AUGGAGGAAUACAAAUUCAAAAUUAUUUUGUUAGGAUUAUCUUGCCAUUCUUUUUCGCGUUCUUUUCAUUCGAUUACCUUUCUUUCUUUUUCCUCAUACGUUUUAUAUUUUUUGCCCUUUUCCUUCCACUUCUUUUUUUUUUCGUCGAACAUUUUCCUUUUGUUGUUCAUUCGAUUCCCUUCCUUAAUUUUUACUCAUACGUUUUCCUUUUGUUCCUUUAUUGAUUUAUCUCCUUUCCUUUCUUUUUUUCACUCAAAACUUUUCCUUUUUUUCAUUAUUGAUUCAUUUUCCUUCCUUCUUUUUUUUCCUCGCUGGUUUUACUUCAAAAAGUUUUCCGUUUGUUUCUUUAAUCACUCUUUCAUUCAUUUCUUUAUACCUCUCACGUUUUUCUUUUGCCUGCAAUUUCAAUUGUUUUCAUUUAUUGUCCCUCUUCAUAAGUUUCCCUUUCUUUCUUAUCUUCACAUAUUUCGUUUUGUUGUACAAUUCAUUCCUUUUUGUUGCUUUCUAACAACUCGCACGCUUCUAUUUUGUUAUCAUGUCCUUUCGUUACCUUUCCUUUAUUUUAUAUCAUAUGUUUUCCAUUUGAUGCCCUGUUCAUUCGUUUUCCAUCCUUUCUUUUUCCUAACAUGUUUUCCUUUUUUUUUCACCCUGUCUAUACCCUUCCUUUCCUUUUUUUUUUACUUCACAUGUUUUUCUUUCAUUGCCCUGUUUAUUCGUUUUCCUUCCUUUCUUUCAUCUCAAUUCUUCUCAUUUUGUAGCCCUGUCUAUUCCUUUCCAUUCCUUUCUUUUACUUCACAAAUUUCUUCCUUUUCUUACCAUACUUGCUUUCCUUUUUUGCCCAGUCCAUUCCCUUCCUCUACAUUUUUAUCUCACAUAUUUUCAUUACAAUGUCCUGUUCAUUCGUUUUCCUCCCUUUCUUUUAUCUCAAUUCUUUUCUUUUUGUUGCCCUGUCCAUUUCUUUUUCUCCCUUUUCAUUUACCUCACAUGUUUUCCUUCUGUUGCUCUACCCAUCAAUUUUCAUUGCUUUUUUUUUCACCUCACAUGUUUUCCUUCUGUUGCUCUACCCAUCAAUUUUCAUUGCUUUUUUUUACCUCACAUGUUUUCUUUCUGUUGCUCUACCCAUGA